AUGAAGUACUCUCUCACCCUCAUCGCCCUCGCCAGCACAGCCCUAACGGCUCCCACCCAGCCCGAAGAGCGUGGCCUCUUCCCCGGCUUCGGUGACUCGAGAUCCGGCUCCAGCUUUGAUAACCUGUUUGGCGGGGGCUCCGGAUUAUCCGGCUCCGACUCCAGCUCCAGCUCUGGCACCAGCUCUGCGUCCGGCGCUGCAUCGACCCCGUCGUCGACCUCGACCACCACCUCUGCUCAGGGAACGGAUGCCCUGGGUGACUUUACUGACCUACUUGGAGGGUCUUCCUCAUCUGUCGGCGGGACCACCGAGAACGGCGUGACGGACAACAAUGAAUGCCAACCCCUGACCUUCAUCUUCGCCCGCGGCACCACCGAACUGGGCAACAUGGGCUCCGUCGUUGGACCCCCCGUCGCGAAGCAACUGGCCUCCCAAACCCACAACAAGGUGACCGUGCAGGGCGUGGAUUACCCCGCUGAUGCCGCCGGCAACGCUUCCCUCGGCUCCUCUGGUGGCCCGAAAAUGGCCUCCCUCGUCAAACAAGCCCUCAAGCAAUGUCCCAACACCAAAGUCGUGCUUGGCGGCUACUCGCAAGGCAGCAUGGUCGUGCACAACGCAGCCAAUUCGCUGUCCGCAAAUCAGAUCUCCGCGGCCGUGCUGUUUGGAGACCCGUUCAAGGCGCAGAGUGUGGGGAAGUUGGAUGAUAGUAAGAGGAAGGAAUAUUGUGCACAAGGGGAUCCGGUUUGCUUGAAUGGGGGGAAUAUCAUGGCGCAUUUGAGUUAUGGGAAGAAUGCGGAGGAGGCGGCGAAGUUUUUGGUGGAUGCUUCUGGUGUGAAUAUUUCUUAG